CCUCAAUUGUACGAGAUAUUUCGCUUUGAACUCACUGGCAUUAGACUGCUCGGAGAUCAUUUCGAGAUUUCCUGGCUGGAGUGUUCACCGGAUAAACAUGCAGGUUAAUAAAGCAGCAGCAGGUGCUGAAGUGUGUUCGCCGUCUACGCGUUGUCGCUACAAGACAGGGCGAUGCCCAAAUCCCAGGGCAGUCAAAGCGAACGGCACAUUGCUGCUACUCUGCGAAUACCACCGCAAUCAACAGAAUCGCACCAAGAAGCGGAGUGAUAUGAAAUGUCGUCACGAUCGCGCCAAGAAGCGUCAGGCUCAACGGGAGAAGCUUCAGAAGAAACAACUUCCCGUUGGUCCGGUUGGCCACGUGCGCAACACGCUUUGCUGGUCUCCGCUCGCUUCGAUCAUCGCACCGUCAGUCGACGACUACGCUAUGACCAUUGGAAGUCCAUCGACUGGGCGUGAUCAAGAGAAAACUCUGGAAUCAACCAGCCCCACGGCUGUAGACCUAGAUGUCGCGUCGAUGAACUGGGCUCCACAGUGCAUGUCCCCAAUUGCGACGCCACCCAUUUGUGUGCAGGAGGACAGCCUCGCCGCAGAGGAUAUUUGGCUCCUCGAGUACUUCAUUCUAUGA